UUAUCAUCUCUCACCCAGCGAACUUCAGACAGAACAGAGAAGACACGUUCGAAAUUCUGAUGUCACUCUCCACAGUAUCUUCCACCGUCGGCGUUCUCGAACUCCCUCGUUCCCGUCUAUCACCAAUCUCAACCACUCAAAACCACUUCCUCACUCUCUUACCCAAAAGACAACCUCUAAGAAGAAGACACGACCUCUCCUUCACCCCCUUUCCUACACUUAUCCACUCAAAUCACGUUUUCUCCAACCCCAAAUCGAUUUUCCAUCGUCCCCACUGUGUUGGAGAAGGUACACACUCCGACACAACAGAACAAACCUCUGUAACUUCUGUUGAUGAUAAUCAAGAAGAAGCGAAGAGAAGCGAAAGCUAUGUAGCUUUGUUUGUGCGGAUGCUUGGUUUAGACAACGACCCUCUUGACAGAGAACAAGCCGUAGAAGCGCUUUGGAAGUACUCUCUAGGUGGGAAGAAAUGCGUUGACGCUAUAAUGCAGUUUCACGGUUGUUUGAAUCUCGUUGUUAGUCUUUUAAAGUCCGAGUCUAGCUCCACUUGUGAAGCUGCAGCAGGGCUGCUAAGGUCUAUAGCUUCAGUGAAUCUGUAUAGAGAGUUUGUUGCUGAGAGUGGUGCGUUGGAGGAGAUUACAGCUUUGUUGAGCAGACCUUCUUUAGCUACAGUGGUGAAAGAACAAAGCAUAUGUGCUUUGUGGAAUCUGACUGUAGAUGAAGGGAUUAGAGAGAAAGUUGCAGAUUUUGAUAUCCUUAAGCUGCUCAUUAGUUUCCUUGAAGAUGAUGAUGUUAAUGUAAAGGAAGCAGCUGGUGGAGUCUUGGCUAAUUUAGCUCUUAGUAGCUCCAACCAUAAGAUUAUGGUGGAAGUAGGAGUCAUACCUAAACUGGCAAAGCUGUUGAAAGGGGAUAACAAAGGGUCUAAAGUGAUUAGAAAAGAAGCAAGGAAUGUGCUUUUGGAGCUUGCUAAAGAUGAGUACUACAGGAUUCUUGUUAUUGAGGAAGGUGUUGUACCGAUUCCUAUAAUUGGUGCAGAUGCUUACAAGUCGUUUAGACCGGAUCUGUAUUCAUGGCCUAGUUUACCGGACGGUAUCAAGGUCGAGCAGACAGCAAAAGCUCCUUCUAGAUUUGGUGCCUCUGAGCUGCUUCUUGGUUUAAAUGUUGACGAGAAUGUUGAUGAAGUAGAUGAAGCUAAAAUGAAAGCUAUAGUUGGGAGGAAUAACCAGCAGUUCCUUGCUCGUAUUGGAGCUAUUGAGUUCGAGAAGGAGAUAAAAUCUGAAGGUCCAGAGAAAUCAUCACAGCAGCAGCAGCAGCAGCUUACUCUUCUUCCUUGUGUAGAUGGUGUGGCUCGUUUGGUGUUGAUUCUUGGAUUGGCAGAUGAAGUGGCUGUGUCAAGAGCUGCAGAGUCAGUUGCUGAUGCGUGUAUUAAUGAGGAGAUGAGGGUUUCGUUCAUGGAAGCUGGAGCUGUAAAGCCUUUGAUUCAGUUAUUAGCUAACAACAACAAAGAGGCUGUUAAGAUACCUGUCAUCCGUGCUUUGAAAAACUUAUCUCUUAGCCGCACUGUUUGCAAGAGGAUUGAAGCUGAAGGUGCUGUGCCGUUUUUUAUUAAUCUUCUGAAGCAGCCAGAGAUCUCACCAAGCAUUACAGAACAGAUUCUGGAUGUACUUGCUCAUAUGUUAGAUCCUAGCAAGGAAAUGGAAUCCAAGUUCUAUGAAGGACCUGUGAACGGAUCUAAAGCAGACUCCAGAAAGGAAGCUCUGGACGCUACUGUUAUCUCUCGUCUCGUCCAAAUUGCUAAAACAGCCUCACCUAACCUGCUGAGAAAAGCAAUCUCUGUCAUCGAGUUUGGUACGGUCAUUGAUCCAACCAUGGACACAAUCAUCUCCGAGGAUAUUACAACUGUUCUGGAUGUUGCUCUCCGUCAGAAUGUCCUUGAUGAACCUGAGAAUGAAGAUGAGGAGUUAGAGAAACACUUGCUUGAGCUAGAAGAAGCUGGUUUGACGAUCUCAGCUGCUUCGAGACUACUAACAAAACUUCUCGACUCUGACUCUUUUCGCCAAACUGUGGAUUUAACACUCUUCACUGAACUACUUAGGAAGAUCCUACGAUCAAACCUCCCUCUACACUACAAAGACUGGGUCGCUUCUUGUCUUGUCAAACUCACCUCUCUCUCAUCUCCCUCUCCAUCUCUCAACAACCCAAUCAACGUUGAGGUAACUCUCUACAAGACGAUCCCAAGCCUGGUGGAGCAGAUGAGCUUCGCCUCAAGUCCAGAAGCGAAAGAAGCAGCGGUUUUGGAACUGAACAAGAUAGUCUCAGAGGGAGUUCCAGAGUCGACACAAGCUCUUGCUUCACAUGGAGGGAUAGAGCCGCUGGUGAAGCUUCUAGAAGAAAGGAACGAGCGGUGUGUGGAGGCGAGUUUGUCAGUUUUGUAUAACUUGAGCAUGGACAGUGAGAACCAUACAGCUAUUAUAAGAGCAGGAGCUGUGCCAGUGUUGAGACGGAUUGUUAUGUCUCAAAGACCACAGUGGAAGAAAGCUUUAAGGUUACUCAGAGAUUUGCCUGUUUGAGAGAAGUUGGUGUUCUUGAAUCAGAGUGUGAUCUCUUGUUCUUGUUACUUAAAAUCUCUUCGAGAUGUUCGAAUAAUAUCCUCAGAAUAUCAUGUACUAUAUAUAGUAUGAUUGUCAUGGGGGUAUAAUACAAGUCAUGUGCUUAUUAUGUUCGUAAGCAUGCGUAUUUGUACCUAAAUCUGAUCCCAGACUUUUUUUUUGAACAAAUAAAGUUGAAUCCAUAUUUGAUUUGAC